UCCGAAUCGAGACAGCAGAAGAGGUGCGGUGUUGAUGGUCUCAACUUCUGUCGCCGUUAAGCGUCCGAACAGUGCGAGUCACCUCCUGACCAGGGAAGUGGAUUUGUAGCUGCUAGUCUGGACUUUUCUUUUCCCAAUUUAAACAUUUACUUCAAUUUCGUGUUUGAAGAUACUGAGGAAAGGGUUGAGGAAGAGGUAGCCACAGAAGACUUGACUUUUUGCUCAGAUUUUCCUUUCCGUCUCCCUCACAAUGACUUCAACAACCUGCACAAGGUUUACCGACGAAUAUCAGCUUUAUGAAGAACUGGGAAAGGGGGCCUUCUCAGUAGUGAGAAGAUGUAUGAAAAUCUCCACGGGACAGGAGUACGCUGCCAAAAUUAUCAACACCAAGAAGCUGUCUGCCAGGGAUCACCAAAAGCUGGAGCGAGAGGCCCGCAUUUGCCGUCUCCUUAAGCACCCCAACAUCGUCAGGCUCCAUGACAGCAUAUCUGAGGAGGGAUUCCACUACCUUGUCUUCGAUUUAGUCACAGGAGGUGAGCUGUUUGAAGAUAUCGUUGCCAGAGAAUACUACAGUGAAGCUGACGCCAGUCAUUGCAUUCAGCAGAUCCUUGAGGCCGUUCUGCACUGCCACCAGAUGGGUGUGGUCCAUCGCGACCUGAAGCCUGAGAAUCUGCUUCUGGCCAGUAAACUUAAGGGAGCCGCAGUGAAACUGGCUGACUUCGGCUUGGCCAUUGAGGUUCAGGGCGACCAGCAAGCAUGGUUUGGAUUUGCUGGGACUCCUGGUUACUUGUCUCCUGAGGUGUUAAGGAAGGAGCCCUAUGGCAAACCAGUCGACAUGUGGGCCUGUGGUGUGAUUCUCUAUAUCUUGCUGGUGGGUUACCCUCCUUUCUGGGAUGAGGACCAGCACAGGCUGUAUCAGCAGAUCAAGGCUGGUGCCUAUGAUUUUCCUUCUCCUGAGUGGGACACAGUGACCCCAGAGGCCAAAGAUCUAAUCAAUAAGAUGCUGACCAUCAACCCAGCCAAACGCAUCACUGCUGCAGAGGCCCUCAAACACCCUUGGAUCUGCCAACGCUCCACAGUGGCCUCCAUGAUGCACAGACAGGAGACUGUGGAAUGCCUAAAGAAGUUCAAUGCCAGGAGAAAACUUAAGGGUGCCAUCCUGACCACAAUGCUUGCCACAAAGACCUUCUCAAACAAAAAUCCAUACAAGAAGCCUGAUGGCGUUAAGGAGCCUCAAACCACUGUUAUCCACAAUCCUGCUGAUGGAAACAAGGAAUCUUCAGAGAGUGCCAACACCACCAUAGAGGACGAGGAUGUGAAAGCACGGAAGCAGGAGAUCAUCAAAGUGACCGAACAGCUGAUCGAGGCCAUCAACAAUGGGGAUUUUGAAGCUUAUACGAAGAUUUGUGACCCUGGCCUGACCUCUUUUGAACCUGAGGCCUUGGGGAAUCUGGUGGAAGGAACAGAUUUCCACAGAUUCUACUUUGAGAACUCUCUCUCCAAAAGCCACAGGCGUGCCGUGCAUACUAUCCUGCUGAAUCCCCACGUGCACCUGCUCGGCGAGGAUGCCGCCUGCAUAGCCUACAUCCGGCUGACCCAGUACAUGGAUGCCAGCAACAUGCCUCGUACCAUGCAGUCAGAGGAGACCCGAGUAUGGCACCGCCGCGACAGCAAGUGGCAGAAUGUCCACUUCCACCGCUCCGGCUCGCCAACUGUACCCAGCAAUUAAUGAGGCCUCCUGAGAAGGGCUGCUCAAAUGAAGACACUUCAUGUUAGAUGAGCUCUGGUCCCACCAACCAAGUGUCUGUCACACCAAAACCCCACCUAUCACAGGUUCUCAGCCCUGUCAGUCUUGUUUACAUAUCGUCACUGCUGGACUUAGCCGACGCAGGGGUGGAGAAUCAGUGAAUCAUUUUGUAUCAGGAUGUAUGUAUGUGUGUGCAUGUGUUCUAUUCACAUGCUCUCCUCAUAAGGCAUUUAUGUGGAAAGCAUGUUCUUAUUAGGUAGACUUUUAUCUUUUUUUAAAUGUUUAAAUUUUCUAUGGUGAAAAAAAGUCAUUAUCGCUGUUAUAUAUUUGGGUGAGGUUACAUCAGGAAAUGGACCUGUCUAUAUAUACAAAAUUAUACCAAGUUAUAAGCGGUACACAGACACAACAGUGUGAAAAAUCCAUAUCAUUAGAGUGAAUACUAAUCUAGAUGCGAUAUGUCAUUGUCACAUCAAGAAUAUAGAUAGAAGCAUAGCCCGCUCCUUUCAGUUUGGUUCAUGUCAGUGCUUUUCUAUAUUUCUAAUUGAAGUGCAAUAUGGCAGAAAAAUUAUGAAUUUGACAAACGAGCUUGCUUUUGUUUUUGGUGAUGUAUAAGCCUUUUGUGAAGUUGUGUGAAUUGCUAUUCUUGCAUUAUCAUUUUAGAGUAUUGACAGUUUGUGAUCUUAGUUUAAGCUUUGUUCUGUUCUGUUUACUAGGGCUUAGUGGGAUUAGCAUCAGUGGUGUUGUAAUACUGACAGGGGGAACAUUUUGGCAAAUAGUUUGCUAUCCUUUGUGUGUUAGCACAUGAACACAGUAGAAAGACAAAAAUAUUUGUAACUGAAGAAUGUAACAAACAUGUACUACACCAAUGAACACAAUUGCUCAAUCAGAAUUUUAUUUUGCUGACUUAUUGUGAGAGUUUUAUGGUUUUGUUUUCAUUUUUAUAUUGUGUGCUAAUCAAUUAAUGAGGUAUUCUCAAAAGUCCUCAAAUUUUCAAUCCUUCAUUGAUGUAGUAACCUUAGGUCUGUUAAGUACUGCAUGAAAUGUCUUACUCUACUCCUAACUCAUCGUCACUCCUUCUGGUAGGUAUGUGUGCUCAGUAUCGUGUGCAUCUUGAUGGUUCCUUGAUCUAAGUCAAAUAAAGUUUUAUGCAUUUAUAUUUCAGACAUUUCCAUUUAAAAAAAAAACAAAGAGGGGGGCAUGUUUUAAUCAUGAAACUAAACUGGGUUCAAAAACAUGUAUGUUUGCAAAAAAAUGUCACUGUUGCCAUUAUGCAAAUGGAGCUGACAUAUCAAUAAAAAGGCAAUAUUUAGGAAUGUUCAUAAAUAGAACUAUACUUAUAGACUAACAAACUUGAAACAACCACAAACACUUUUUGUUGUUUUUGUUUUUUGUUGUUUUUGAUGUAGGGGUGGGGGGAUUGUUUAUAAUUUCCAGUGUUAAUACAGAAGGAAAUCUGUUGGGUCAGGAUGUUGAUGCUGGGUUUUUGUUUGGUUUGUUUUUGUUUUGUUUUUUUAUCACAUUUUUCUGUUCUUUAUGAUUUUUUUUUUUCUAAAGAGGGGGUGGAAAAGCCCCAUUGAUCUUCAAACUGAGAAAAAACCCAGUGACACAAAUUUGUACACUAAGGGCAAAUGUGAGGACAGCUAAAGAGGGUAUGUCAAUAAAAGUAUCAAUAAAAUGUGAAAUUUGUGCAGCCCCUGA